AUGAAUGCUGAUGAUGUCGCUACAUUUGAGAUGACGGCCCCUUCAACCAUUGGAUAUGCCGUCCCGGAAGUAACUGAACAUCAAAGUGAUAUAACGUUAUCACCCUCUAGUGGUGUUAAAGAUGGUGUAUUUACCGUGAUCUUUACACGUCCACUUGUCGUUACCAAUUCAACUAUUACUUCUACUACCCAAAAUUUUGUCUGGGCUCUUCACACUACUUCACGCCCUUCUGAUGAUCCUUACACUAUGACCAUUACUCGUCACAAUGACAUAGGUCAUUUUACGAUAACUGGAUCUAUUUCAAAUUAUGAUAAAUAUAUAAUUGCUCAUGGUGUGUUACUUUUUUUAAAUAUGACCAUUGAUUGUUGGAUUCAUCACCAUCUUUACGAUCCUGCCCGUAAAUACAUUCCUUGGUGGACGAGGCUUCAUUGUCCGUUGGUUACUGCAUAUUACAUCUGGGUUGCCAUUGUCAUUAUAUUUUACCUCUCAAUAUCUUUUUACCUCUGGAGAAAGAGAGAAACAGAAUUGCGUUUAUACAAAACCUCAAAUACUUUAUAUACUGGAAUACGUAGAGAAGAUCCGGAACAAAUUGAGGCAUACUGUUUAACUUUGCUAAUUCGUGAACAGUUACCGAUAGAGUUCCCUAAUGUCAAGCAAAAACAAACCUAG